AUGGAAGAACAAUACCAACAUCAACCAGAAAUUAUUUUCAAGAGUCAAAAGUGGAAAGCUAAAGUGAUUGUAGUUGAAAAACAAUCACCAAAUCCUUCAAGACAAGGCAAUGGAAGGUACCAAUAUUUGAUGUUAAUGGAUACUCAGGGUAAUACUAUUCAUGCAAGCUUAUAUGAUUCCACUAUCACUGCUUUUGAGGAUCAACUUGUUCUGGGAAAAAUUUAUACUAUUUCGAAAGCUUAUGUGAAGAACAAUACGAAAAACUACAGAUAUUCGACUGGCUCUCUACAAUGGACAAUAUCUGGAGAAACUUGUAUUAAAGAAUUGAACGAAAAUAAUCUAGAGUUUGUAUUCUCAACAUAUCAACUGACACAGUUUCAUGAAUUCGAACAAUACAUGAAUACAGAUGCUGAUUUAAAUAUACUUACAGUUGCAGUUAAUAUGACACCCAAACGAUUGAUUCAAUCCAAAGAUGGCAACCAAACUUGGUUGCAAAAUAUCAUACUUUUAGACAUGAAUUUCAAAACAAUGGUGCUUACACUUUGGGAUUCAUUUGUUGACAGAGAAUGCUUACUGAUAGCAGAUAUUAUUGACAAAAAGUCAGUCAUCUUCGCAACCCGUCUAAAGGUUACAUCAUUCUUUGCUUUAAAAUUGUCCACGAAAGUCCGUUCCACUUUCUUCAUAGAUACACCUUUCAACGCAGUAAAACAAAUGACAGAAUG